AUGGGGGAGCAACAAGAUGUAGAGAUGAAGAGAGGAUCAAAAAGAUCAAAAGGAGCUUCGUUACAUGUGGAUCUAAUCAGGGAGGUACUUUUACGACUGCCUUCGAAAUCUAUAGUGCAGUCUCGGUGCGUGUCGAAGCUCUUGUCUUCCAUAACAACCGUGCCAGAUUUUAUUAGGUCCUUCGCAGCUAGAUCCUAUCAAACUCCCUGUCUUCUCAUCUUGUUAGAAGUGGAAAGCAAGAUGUUCGUUUUCUCCUUACCACAACAACAAGAACACAAUUCGAACAACAACAACAACCCUGUCGCUGUGGCUGACAGAAAUUAUUCAAUGCCUCGUCCAGAUAGGUAUUGCUUUUUUAGUAGCGAGUCAGUCCAUGGCUUGAUCUGCGUUGAGAAAUUAGGACACCCUCAAAUUUGGAACCCAACUACGAGGCGCUUCUCAACAUUACCCAUUCCCGCACGUAGCUGGAAAGACGGCUCGGUGAGCUUUUUAGGAUACGACCCGGUUGACUCUACGUACAAAGUACUGUCUUUGUCUUGUGAUGGACGUCGUCGUCCUCGUAAGCCUCGGGCUCUUACACUGGGAGGAGACGGAGCUGGUCGAUGGAGAGUCAUCGAAGGUGUCCCUGAACAUGCCCCUUUCCCCUUUGGAGCCCUAUGUGUUAAUGGGGUUCUGUAUUAUUUACCCGCUCCCACUAGUCCUAAUCAGUCUCUGGCCUGCUUCCAUGUCAGAUCUGAAAAGUUGAGGGAUGAUCUUAAUAUGUGGACCCUAGAGCAUGCAGAGAAACACGAGUGGUCCCAUAGACAUGUUUGUUUACCUUUUCCUCGCCAUGAUCCAGUAUCCAAAACCCGGUUUACCUUUAGAGGUGUUAAUGGUGCUGGUGAGUUUAUGUAUGUACCAUUAGCUUUGGCCAAUCCAUUCCAUAUUAUAUAUUUUGAUCCAAAGGGAAACAGCUUCAGAAGAUGCGUCGUUGAUGGAGUUGCGGAUGAACAAUUCAGGCGCCUGAAUGGUUUGGGGGAUGAACCUCUCCCGAUCGCCUCUGCUUAUUCCAAUCAUGUGGAAACUCUCAUGACAUUGUAA